CGGCUCUGCCCCGCGCCCGCCCGCACUACAAGUCCCAGGCGCCCGCGCCCCGCACGUGAUCGCCUCUGGCUUGCCCGAGAUCUGGAUGGGAGCCGGCGGCGGAGCGGCUCAGCCAGUGCCCCGGGCGGUCCCGGUGCGGCCCCCCCCCGGCGAGAUGAUGGCAAUGUAUUUCUUCUUCUCCGACAAGGUGGUACUUUUGUUUGACUUCUGGAACGUCCACAGCCCGGCAGUUAUACAAGCACUAGGUCCAUGCAUAAAACUGCAAGACUAAGUGGUGCAGGAAGAACAAGCAGAAGAGAAUGGCGAAACUCUUCCCAACUCUUUUACAGCAUAAGAGGAUCAUCGAUAGUCUUUAUCAUGGACCAGGGCAUGACACAAGACAAAAUGCACAGAAAACAUAUGAGAUUUUAUGCUGUGUAAUGGGGAUGGCACUGUCGGUGGUGGUGAUCCUGCUGCUGGCAGCAUUGUACGAAGUCAUCAAGGUCACCAAAGGCAAACUGCUUCAUCGGACAGUGUUGUCUGUCCCCACCAGCAUCAGUCAGGAGUCAUUAGAAGAACGAGACAGGGCAUCUGUCAACUCAGAGCGAGGUCAGCAAAACUCCACCCAAAAAAGGUGGUUUCUGUACCAUGUCAGCCAGACGCUGCUCCAUGUGAUCCAGGUGAUUAUUGGUUAUCUGGUGAUGCUGGCUGUGAUGUCCUACAACACCUGGAUCUUCCUGGGUGUGAUUGUGGGCUCCACAGUGGGUUACUAUGUGGCCUACCCAAUACUCAAUGCGCGAUAGAAGCUCCUGGACCGGUUGCAUUCAAGGACGCUGUUGCACAGAAGAGGGCAGCAUCUCCCAUGGGAGGAUGGCGACUGAUUUUCCACUGGAGAAACUACUCAUGGCCUCUAAUGCUGGAAAGAGUCCCAGAGCACUGGGGAAUUUCCUACUUCUUUCAUUGCAUUUUGGCUUAUACUGUUAUAAAAAAAUCUACAUAUAUUUUUAAAAUCACAUUUGAACCAUUUCCGCUGGGCCUGCCCUCCUCCCACUUGCUGUGCAGGCAACGGCACCAAAGAGGACCUAGGUUGGGUCCAGGACUGUUUACUGGUCUAUGGCCACCAUUAUCCCCACUGCCACUUGCCAGCGUGGGAGCUUCCCUCAGCAGAAAAGCAAUUAACACUGACUUUGAAUCCACCCUCAAGUCUCACUCAGGAAUCCCAGGAACCUUUUCCCAUCAACCAGGGGGAACGUAGAGGUUUGUACCCUUGUCAGCAUUGCUCUGGUUUGGUUCCAAGUUGAGCCAGCAAGUGGGUGACAUGCUGUAUUUAAAUCCAGGAUGUGGAUGUGAUGGGAACAACUCUGGCAUGACUUUAUCCUCCCUCUCAUAUGUCUGUUCAGGAUUCUGCCUGGUCCCAUUCACUUUUCCUUACUGCUUGUGGUCAGGGAGAAGGAGCAGAAUUGGAAAGAGGUGGUAUAACCCUAAUGUUAUCUCUUAUCCUCCACGGGUUCCUUUACAAACCCUGCCCCGUGCCACCCUGUGCCCUUCACCUCACACGGUGCCUUCUGUGUUCCUGUAGCACUAACUGUGACUCAGCGCAUCAUGGCAUGGAGAGGUGGAUGCAGUGCAAGCUGCUCUUGCAUUGGUUUCCAGAAUCUCUGAAGGCAACUGCAUUCAUGUGCCAGACAGGAGAUUUUACCACACCUUUAGCUCUCCUGUGAAAUAUGAACCUUCAUUUCUACUUGGGAGAACUUUACAGUCUUUUCUCGUAUGCCUGCAAAAGGGUGCCUGUGCCUGAAAGCUUGCAAUUACAGAAUGUUUGGUUUUUUUUGCAAAAAUGUAGUUGGUCUAAUAAAAGAUAUCACCCCUAUCAGGAGUUCUGGCUGCAUUAAUGUAGAACUAGUAGGUGUAGCUCUUACAUGUGUGCAGUGACAACUGCUGUGGAAACACAGGUUUGCCAAGCUCCUACUGUGUCUCUCUGGUUCUUCCUGUUCUUCUCAGAGAAGGGCCCAUUUUAAUACAGCCAUCUUUAUCAUUUA